CAUUCUCUCUUUUUUGUUCUUUCUCCUCCCUCACUCUAUUCCAGGGCAUCUGAGCCAGCGGUGGCUCAAACAGAGCAGCAGGGAGCCACAGACGGAGCAGGACCUCCACCUAGUUCUUUAAGACCCAGGAUCUCCCCAAAACCCAUUUCAAAGGAGGAUACGUCUCUUGGCGUUCCGGAAACUCCAGGUCUAAAAUUAAAGAAAGCAAGAACCUUUCAGAAGUUCCCUGGGGAGUAGUGUGAGUAGUGGCUAAGGAGAACAGAUGGACUUCAGGGCAGCCCUUAAGCCCCGAGCGGGACCUAAACUGGGGUCAGAGAUCAAGACGAACACCCCAGCCAAAGUAGACUUUAGGUCAGUGUUGGGAAAGAAAGAAGGAGGCUCACCCAAACCAACUCCAGCAGUGCCGGAUAACAGCGGUGCACCUGCAGACUUCAGGGCUGUACUCAACAAGAAAAAAAACCCCGAGCCAGAGAAGCCUAGCACGAAAGAUCCAGCUCCUCCACCAGCAAUUUCCAAGGACAAACAAACAAAUAUUAACGGAGUGAACGUAGAUACAGAUAACAAAAAGAACAAUUUAGUAGAAAACAAAGAGACUGACAAAAAUAAAGACACAGGAACAACAAAAAAGGAGAGCAUCCCUUGCACGGAAAAGAAAAGUGAUGUUGAGGUAGUGGAACCAGAGAACAAAAGUGGAAGUGUCGAUCAGAAGAAGAGUAAUGAUGUGGAUGGGAGUUCAGAUGAAAAGAAGAUUGUGGUCAAUUCCGUGGAUGGUGAGGAUGGAAGGAAGAAAAGCACAGGCAAAGCACCUGUGUUCACGCAGCCUCUGAGUGAUUUGACGGUUCUCGAUGGGGAGCGGCUGAGGUUAGAGUGCACGGUGACCUCUGACCCUCAAGCUGUCAUCACCUGGACACUUGAUGGGAAAGUUGUGAAGCCGUCGAAAUUUAUUAUCUUAUCCAAUGAAGGAGGUAGGUGUUCUCUUACCAUAGACAAAGCCCUUCCGGAGGAUGAGGGGCGUUUUUUGUGCAAAGCAGAGAAUUCAGAAGGGAAAGCUGAAUGCUCUUGCAUGGUUCAAGUGGAUGAUCCUACAGAUCCAUCAGUAGAUAAGAAAAACAAGAAAAGCUCAUCUUCAACACCUACAACAGAGCAUGAAGCCAGAAUAAAAAAGAAACCAGCACCAAAGUCUCCCACCAAACAAGGUUCUCCUCCCCAGGUUCUUCAGUUCCCAGGCGAUCUCAAGAUCAGAGCAGGAGAAAAGGUGGAGCUAUUGUGUAACUUUGGGGGCACUGCACCCAUUACCUGCAACUGGCUCAAGUUCAAGAAACCGAUCCAGACAGCAAGUGGCGGCAUCACUAUAGAGAAUUCAGAGAACAGCAGUCAGUUGACGAUCGCAGCGAGUGACCAGGACCACUGUGGCUGCUACACCCUGGAGCUGCAGAACAAAUACGGCACCAAACAAGCCUCGCUUAACCUUACUGUCGUAGACAAGCCUGAUCCACCAGCUGGUGUCCCAGCCGCAUCAGAUGUUCGCCGUUCCUCGCUCACCCUCUCCUGGUAUGGACCCACAUAUGAUGGUGGAAGUAUUGUCAAGUCAUACAACUUGGAGAUCUGGAACUCCCUGGACAACACGUGGAGUGAUCUUACCUCCUGCAACAGCACCUCCUAUCAUGUCCAGCAGCUGCUCCCAGAUCGGCAGUACAAGUUCCGUGUACGUGCAGUUAACAUGUAUGGCGUUGGUGAACCCAGCGCCGAGUCAGAAUCUGUCACUGUAGGAGAACCAGAGGUGCCAGAAAAAAAAGGAGAAGAAGCAGAAGCUGCAGCUUCCGAUGAUGAUUCAGAAAAGGAGCCCGAGUAUAGGGAUGUGACCAUAAAGAAAGACAACACAGUUAAAGAUUUCUAUGAUGUGGAGGACCGCUUGGGCACAGGCAAAUUUGGCCAGGUCUUCAAACUGGUGGAGAAGUCGACCAAAAAGGUGUGGGCCGGGAAGUUCAUCAAAGCCUUCUCGCAAAAAGAGAAGGAGAACGUGCGACAAGAGAUUGGCAUCAUGAACAGUCUCCACCAUCCUAAACUUGUGCAAUGUGUGGACGCCUUCGAAGGCAAAUCAGACAUUGUGAUGGUUUUAGAAAUGAUUUCUGGGGGCGAGCUGUUUGAGCGAAUCGUCGAUGAGGAUUUUGAGCUGUCUGAACGUGAGGUCAUUAAGUAUAUGCUGCAGAUUAUCGACGGUGUUCAGUUUAUCCACAAACAGGGCAUUGUGCACCUGGACCUCAAGCCGGAGAACAUCAUGUGUGUCAACAAGACAGGCAGCAAGAUAAAACUCAUCGACUUUGGCCUUGCACGAAGGCUAGUGAACUCGGGUUCCCUCAAGGUCCUCUUUGGAACACCUGAGUUUGUAGCUCCUGAGGUCAUUAAUUAUGAAGAAAUUGGCUAUGCAACGGAUAUGUGGAGCAUUGGGGUGAUCUGUUAUAUCCUUCUCAGUGGUCUCUCACCAUUCAUGGGGGACAACGAUAAUGAAACGCUUGCAAACGUUACCUCAGCGACCUGGGACUUUGAGGACGAGGCUUUUGAUGAGAUCUCCGAGGAAGCCAAGGACUUUAUCAGCAACCUCCUGAAGAAAAAUAAGAAAGCCAGACUGACCUGUGAACAGUGUAUGGAGCACAAGUGGCUUAAACAGGACACCAAGAACAUGGAAGCCAAGCAGCUCUCCAAAGAACGCAUGAAAAAGUACAUACUGAGACGCCGAUGGCAGAAAACAGGAAACGCAGUGCGAGCCAUCUCCAGAUUCAGCUCUAUGGGAAUGUUAGGAGGAAUCGGGCUAAAGAAAAGCUCGCCAACUGAAGAAGCACCACCUGCGCCAUUCCUAGAGACUACAGAAGAAGAGAACCACACCCCUGAACCUCCCACCUUCUCCCUCGUUAUCCAGGACGUAGAGGUGGUGGAGGGGAGCGCCGCCCGCUUUGACUGCAAGAUUGAGGGCUACCCAGAUCCUGAGGUGGUAUGGUACAAGGAUGACCAGCCCAUCAAGGAGACACGUCACUUCCAGAUCGACUACGAAGAGGAUGGCCACUGCAGCCUGGUAAUAUCUGAGGUGUGUCCUGACGAUGACGCCAAAUACACCUGCAAAGCAGUGAACAGCCUGGGAGAAGCCAGCUGCACAGCCGAACUGAUGGUGGAGUUCAUGCAGGAGGAAGAAGGAGAGGGGGAAGAGGAAGAAGAGGAGGAGGAGGAGGAGGAGGAAGAAGAGGAGGAGUAAGCAUCUGGGUGGAUGAGGAAAAGCUGACAAGAAGGGACACAAGUGGAAGAUUGGACACUGUGGGAGCUUUGGAUCUCUCUUAAAGCUUGCAUUCUUUCUCUGCUGCUUUUGUUUGUGAACACAGACUGUAAGUCUUACACCAGUGCAGCCGUUCGUGCACUCGUUGUCUUUACAGAGCAAAUGGAUAGUUUGUGUGAACACUCAGCCACAUCAAAGACAUUCCAGCCUGGGCUUGGUUUCGGGGAAUCAUCAGCCGCUGAGAUCUGUUUGGCCAAAAAUGGACAAGUGUCAGAACUGCAAACCUUUCGGUGCCAACAUUUGGACUUUCAAACCACUCCUAUUGUUCAUUAUACAAAACACCAGCAAUUAUUUUUGAAAGACGGCUCACAGUACUUGGCUUCCUCAGUCAGUUUUUUUUUGUGUGUGUGUGUGUGUGUGUGUGUGUGUGCAUGUUUCACAGUUCUGCUUACACAAGAGCACACUCAAGUGGUGAAAAAAAGUCAUGUAAUGUAUUUCAACUUUAAUGUAGCCUAGUUUUUUUUUUAUUUGUUAUUCUAGGCUAUGGCUCCUGAUACACUUUUAAAAAUCUGACUUUAUGAACAUUAUUUUUAUCUGAAGAUCUGAGUCAUGAUUGAUACAUUUGUAGACAUCAGAAAUAGCAAGUCUUUUUACUUUUUUAUCAUGGCUCUAUUGUGAUAUUUAAUUACCCUGAUAUCACUGUGCUCUGAAAGGUAUUAAAUCUUUUCACCAGGCUUGAGGAAUUCUGUGCUAUUUCGGCUCUUCACCUUUAGUAUAGGCAACAUGCAUGACAAAGCAUCCUUGUAUACUGGGGUGAAUAUGAUUAAGAAGGUCCCGUUGCAAUCCUCAUCCUUUAUUUAUGUCUUUGUACAGGCUUUUGUCACCAUGCUGGGGGUUUCUGAGUCAUCUCAGAGAAUGAAUUAGUUAAAGCUAAGAGAACCUGAACUUGAUUUUGGCGAGUUUUACACUUUACAUAAUUCAACAGAAAUAGUCACUGAGACAAAUACAAAACACACAGAAGAUUAUUCAGAAGAAUUUAUGAAUAUAUUACAGGCAAAAACACAAACCAAGUAAACAACUGUAUAAUUUAAAUGUGUUGGUUUGAUCAGUGUCAAUGGUUUGCAUCUGAAUUUGAGUGGCCACAAAAAUAAAAGUCUUUUCCUCUCUUA